AGAAAGUAAAUCGGUGGAGACGCCUCUGAUGCCGAUGCCAGCCCUAAUGGAUUCUGAUGGCGUCGGGUGGCGGGUAAUGGGUGUACAUGUCCUAGUUGAGUGUGUGUCGAUUUCUGGAUCACGUCACAUCUUUUAUUUUCCCGCCACGAAGAAUUUGAUCCACUUGAAAAUUCAGAGAGGAAUAAGAUCGGGGACAGGUCGAAAGGUUGCCCGUCGCCCUUUGACCGGCCAAUGGGAGCGCCGGAAGGUCGGUGGGCGGGGCGAGUCGGGCCACUGAUCGUCUGGCUUUUGACCGGCGGGGGCGGAGUCAAGUCGACCGGCGGAUUAGCGGUGCCCUCGCAGAGAGGUCGCACUUGAAUGAUCGCUGGUGCAGCUAGGUGAUCCGUGUUCGUGUGUGCUGGGAUCGAGACUUCGAGGUGUUUCAUGAUGGACGAAUCAUCCUCGAACCAGAAGACCGAAUCUUCCUGCAAGGUGUGCGGAGACAAAGCUUCAGGAAAACACUACGGAGUGCCCAGUUGCGACGGCUGCAGAGGCUUCUUCAAAAGGAGCAUUCGCAGGUACUUACUUCGGAAUUUGGAGUACGUUUGCAAGGAAAAUGGACACUGCGUGGUUGACGUCACGAGAAGGAAUCAGUGCCAAGCCUGCAGAUUCAAGAAGUGCCUUCAGGUGAACAUGAAGAGAGACGCUGUCCAACACGAGAGGGCGCCUCGGUCUGCCCAUCACGCUGCUCCUCUGCCGCCCUACCCGUUGGGCGGCCGCCUGCGCCCCUUCCCUUUCUCCGCGCUGGCCGGCGUUUCGACUCUUGCCGGCGUGCCCUUCCAUCUUCAGGGCGGCGUACUAGAUCCGCCCCUGUCUGCGGGCCACUUUUACCACCAGGGCGUCUACGGGGGAGGACUUCACAGGGGCCUAAAUUUAGCAUCUAGUCCAUACAACAUUCAAAAACCAAUGAGCAGUUUCAUCAGUCCAACUAUAACUAGAAUCAAAGAUGAUGAAGUAUCAAGUUCGGAAGAAAUCGCUCAAAAUAAAUCACUCGAGGAAGAUUUAGUUGAUGAAUCGAACAAUCGUCUGGAAUUACCAAUAAUCAAUGACUCUUGUAAGGCCAGCAUUCGACACUUGGAGGUGCCAUGUUUGAAUUUAUUUCCAGCCGAAAACAUCUAUGAAACCGCAGCGAAAUUAUUGUUUCUGGCGAUCAAAUGGGCAAGAACUAUACCGUCGUUUCUACAGUUAUCAUAUCGAGAUCAGUCGAUUCUAUUGGAAGAGAGCUGGAAUGAGCUUUUUGUAUUGACUGCAGCACAAUGGGCGUUUGCCGUAGAUGAAGCUAUUUUGAUCGGAAACGCAGUGGCUCCAUCUUCGAGACAUUCCAUAUUGGAAGAGGAGGCGAGAAAACUGAAAGAUAUC